AUGGCUAUUCGUUUGCCUUGUGUUUUGAGUGCAAAAUACAUUCUUCGUCGAUCAAAUCCGCUUGCAAAUCAUGCAGCUGCAACAUCAGUGGGUGUGCCUAAAGGGCACUUUGCCGUGUACGUUGGAGAGGGUAAAAAGAAGAGAUUUGUGAUACCAGUAUCAGUGUUGAAUCAACCCUCAUUUCAGCGACUGUUAAGCAUAGCAGAGGAAGAAUUUGGCUUCAGUCAUCCAAUGGGUGGGCUUACGAUUCCAUGCACAGAAGACAUUUUCCUUAACAUCAUCUUCUUUUCGUAGGCCGUGACAUGCAGUUACAGUAAACUUUAAGACAGUUCUUCUUUUAUGGUUUUUUUAUUUU